CCCACGGCCGAGUCGUCAUGGGAAGCACGCAAGAUGGCCCGCAUCGACCGACCGGUCACCAAGCCCAUCGCGGGCCAGCUCGGCCCCAAAGACAAGACUGAAGGCGUGCCAAUCGACGGGCGCACCGACACGUCGUCAGACCAGAGCGUGUCCAUCGGCAAGCAGAUGGAGCUCGAGGCAGGCAAUGCGAUCCAGUACCGCACGUGCAGCUGGCAGAAGACGGCCGCGCUGCUCUUCUCCGAGUACAUCUGCCUCGCCAUCAUGUCGUUCCCGUACUCGUAUGCCACCCUCGGGCUUGUGCCCGGCCUUAUUUUCACAGUAGUCGUCGCAGGCCUGGUUCUCUACACGUCACUGACUGUCUGGGAAUUCUGCAUGCGCCAUCCCGAGGUCAAGGACGUAUGCGACAUUGGCCAGAUGCUGUUCUGGAACAAGAAGUGGGCAUGGUACUUCACUGCGUUCAUGUUCCUCAUGAACAACACCUUCAUCCAGGGCUUCCACUGCCUCACCGGCUCCAAGUACAUCAACACCAUGGCCGAGGGCAAGAGCGGCGUCUGCACGGUCGGAUUCAGCGCCAUCAUCGCCAUCGUCUCGUGGGCUUGCUCCCUGCCGCGCACUUUCAGCACCCUCGCCCACAUCGCCACCUUCUCCGCCCUGUUCACCUUCGUAUCGGUGAUGCUCGCUACCAUCUUCGCCGCCAUCGAGGACCAUCCCGGUGCAGGGUAUCCAGAGCUUGGCGAGCCCCAGGUCUUUGCAACCCCGCCGCCGUCAACCACGUUUGUCAUGGGUGUCAACGCAUUCAUGAACAUCAGCUACACUUUUAUCGGCCAGAUCACGCUACCGUCAUUUAUCGCCGAGAUGAAGGAGCCAAAGGACUUCCCCAAGGCGCUCUGGGCUGUCACCAUUGCCGAGAUCAUCGUCUUCUCGCUUGUCGGGUCCAUCAUCUACGCCUACACUGGCACCAACUACAACACGGCACCGGCCUUUGGCUCGCUGGGCAACAUCCUGUACCUCAAGGUCAGCUUCAGCUUCAUGAUCCCCACCAUCAUCUUCCUGGGUGUGCUCUACGCUUCCGUGUCCGCGCGUUUCCUCUUCUUCCGCAUCUUUGCCGGCACGCGGCACAUGGGCGAGAACACAGUCGUCGGAUGGGUGUCCUGGGCCGGUAUUCUCGGUGUGACCUGGGUUCUCGCCUUCAUCAUCGCCGAGGUCAUCCCUUUCUUCGCCGACCUUCUCGCCCUGAUGAGCUCCCUCUUCGACAGCUUCUUCGGCUUCAUCUUCUGGGGCGUCGCGUAUCUGCGCAUGCGCCGCGCCACUUAUGGCGCCAAGUUCUGGAACGCCAGGGGUCUGCGUAGCUGGUUUGGAUUCUUGCUCAACAUUGUGCUCAUCGUGAUUGGCAUUUUCUUCCUUACGGUGGGCACAUACGCGUCCGUGGAGAGCAUCAUCGAGGGAUAUCGCAGCAACAACUUUGGAGGGCCGUUCAGCUGCAAGAGUAACGGUCUUCUCGGCUGAAGCGCUCACAAAGGUCCAAAUCCGUUCCAGGCAGAGAUUUGAGUUUCAUCAUUUUCUGCUUCUUUUGCGUUUUAAGUCUAUUACCCAGUCACUGCAAUUGGCAGGUCUAGAGCGUGGCAUCUUUCUGUGUUCAGGGCCCACGGCAGAGUGGUGGAACAUUGUAUUCGUAGCUUAUGCAUUCUUGCCGUGUCUGUUCCCAUCUGUGAUUGUACGGUACGGCGUCCUUUGG